AUGGGUGACACCAGCCAAGAACUAUUAGCCGAUCUGGAGAAGCUGUACUGCCCAGCGAUAGAUUCUGCGCUGCUUAGCGCAAUAGCAUCCGACUUCGACUUGACCGUGCCAGACGAUGUGGCUAAAUUACGGGAAUCCCUGGACGAAAUUAAAGGGCUAGCUGUGGCGCAAGAAGACCUCCCAUUUGAUCCCUCUGGAACCGCGAAUAGUCACGAUCUCGAUGUGAUCCAAAAUGGAGGGACCUUUUCUGAACUUGGGAUGUCUGGCCAUGGCUACGACGAGUCUCUGUACACCACGACUGAUAUCACCAGUACUUCCGGUGAUAGCCUCGACAAUUCUUCUAGUGGCAACUCCAAGUCGAAUGCUGCAUAUACCGUUGCAGCCGAUGGUUCACUGAAGCUGACAGGCGCGACGCAUGCGGAGAUGUUGAACAAUCUGAUGCGAAUGUUCCCGACGAUGACCAAGUUUAAUGUUGACCAGACAUUGAAGAAGAGCAGUGACGAUAUUGAUAAAGCUAUGGAUAUCUUGUUGAAUUUAUCAUUUUUUGGUGAGACCCUAGAGGGGUUAGAUGGGGCAUCAAAUGACCCCGAUUCGCAAAUAUUUGUUCCCCGAGGAAUUGAUGGAUUCAAUGCCGAAGCGGGGGAUGUUGGUCGUCAAGCCGGCCGAAGAAAGAAACGAAAUAAGAAGCAGAAAUCUCAUAUCAUCGAAAAUGUACCUUUAGAGCCUUCAACCACUAAUAAGUGGGAGACUGGGAAGGCCGAUAUUGAUUUCAUAUGUUCCCGAGCUGUCGAAGUCCCCCAAAAGAAAGUCAACUCGACUUAUCAUGCCAACGGGAUGUCUUUGCCAUCGACUAUCCUAGCAUUAGCCCUCGCCGAGGCUCCCACAAACGUUUCUGAUACGACUGAGGACCCUGUCAUGUCUACGCAAUUAGUCGAGCUCUCACAUGACUAUCCACGUAUUCAGCAGACAACCCUGAUCGGUUUGCUCAGGAUCACUCGCAACAUAAUUUCCGCCACCAAUGAGUUGGCUGCAGUCAUGAUUCAACAGCCUCAAACAUUGGCAAGUGACAUAAUCAAAGUCACAGCUGCUCCAUUAAAUCUUGAAGACGACGAAGAUGUGGCGAAUCCCCAGAGUCACUAUCAAGCAACUCCCAGCACACUUAACUUCGAGCAAGCUCGGGAUGCUGCGGAAGUUCAUUUCGCCGCUCGUUCGAUCGCUAACCAACAAGCAAGCCAAGCAGCUCGGCUUGCUAGGUCCAACCACCUGUAUGGUGGUGCGAUUGCAGUGUAUCAUGAACGGAGCCAAAAGGAGAGCCAACUCGCCAGGCAACAACUGGCCACAGCCUCAGACAGGCUUGUGGAUCGACAGUCGAGCCAGUGUGAUCUGGAUUUACACGGUGUGACUGUCACCAAUGCCAUUCGCAUUACACGUGAACGAGUUGAUGCCUGGUGGGACCGUCUAGGUGAUACCAAGCAUGUCCGUGGAGGCGGGAAGCACGUUCAUGGUGGCUUUAGGAUCGUGACGGGCGUGGGUAAUCACAGCCAUAAUGGUAUCGCUCGUCUUGGACCCUCUGUCAGCAGAAUGCUCAUACGUGAGGGCUGGCGUGUGGAGGUUGAUCGGGGGUUUCUCAUUGUCCAAGGAAAGGCACGGACAUGA